AUGUCCAACACAACCAAUUCUCUAUUUUAUGAAUCUUCCACAAAUACACACCGUUGGACUGAGCAUUUGGACAUACUCCGUGAAACCAAUGUAUCUAAUUCAUCUUCCUCUCCACUCGAUGAGGAUUCUUUCCAGGAUUUGUCUUCAUUCCUCGAGGAGUUUUUAUCAAGCUCUGAAAAAGAUCUCCCAAUUGAUGAUCCCGGGACGAGAAUUGUGGGUACGCUGCUUUUCAGUUUUGGAAUGGUUGGAAACUUGAUAACUAUGGUAGUUAUUGUCGUCAUGAAACGUCUCCACUCUCCGACCUACGUCACAAUCGCCUGUCUAGCUCUUUCCAACUGCAUGGCCUCCUCCAUUCGCUAUACCAGAUUCCUGUUUUACGUAUUUCAGUAUUCUUUUCAGGAUUAUUUAAGAUUACGUGUAUUGGAGAUAUUUUCUUUUUUGUUUUUACAUUCCGCAAAUUUUCAUAUUGUAUUGCUAUCAUAUAUUCGCUAUGUUUUCAUUGUUAAACCUCUAAAGAGUCUAGAAAUUACUUGUACUAAGGUAUUUAAAUUGUCUGUAAUCAUUUGGGUGUUCUCCCUUAUAAUAAGCGGAGUGUACGGAGUGAGACAUGUAUUAUAUACAACUGACAUGAUAUCGUUCGAUUUAGCCAACAAAACUGAAAUUGGUUUUGCUCUCUAUGUAGUGGGCGUACCUUUUGUAUUGGUAAGCUGUUUUCAUAUCAGAAAAAUAUGUCACUUAUUAAAUAAACCAAAACGAAAGGAGGGAUGCAGGGUUAAAGCAACUCAUUCAAUGUCCAUCAUGUUUUCGAUAAUCAUCAUGGUAUAUCUACUUACUACAGUAUAUCCUAUGUUACAUACAGUUCUUCUAUUCAGAUGUAAGUAUUGUAAUGAUUUGUUUAAUUUUUUUCUUCUGGUAAACAACAGUAUAAAUCCUUACAUAUAUUUUGCAUUUUCACCCCCAGUUAAAAAACUGCUCUCCAGAUUGCGAAAUUGUGUGAGAGAUGGAUAG